AUGACCACCACUGUCCUAGCAACCACUACGACUCAGACGAAGCGUCGAGAACCUCUGAGGGUGCUUGAUAUGGCAACGUCCCAGGCGCGGGCGCGUCCUGCGUCGUCCGCCGCGCCUGGCGGGACCGGUGGAAAAGGUACGGGAAGACGAACGAGAUCGAGUAUGGAUAAACAGGGGAGGAAUGAUGAGGGUAUGAAUGGGGAUAAGAAGCGCAAGGCUGAAAUUUACGAUGAGGAUAUAGAAGGGUUUCAGUUCUCGCGCAUUACGGAUAACAAGAAGCAGAAGGCAUCUAAAGAGGCAGAGAAGCCAGAUCUUCCAGCUCCUGAAGAGCCAGCGCCGCAGCCCUCGCCAAGGAGAGGUCGACCGCCGAAGAAGAAGGUGGAGCAGAAACCGAGCAACGUGACAGAAACGAAGAAGGAUUCUGAAGGAGCGGUGAAAAGGAAAACGCGAGGAAGCGCUAGGACCGCUCCGGAGCCAGAACCACAACCUCAACCCCAGACCGAACGAAGUACACGCGCAACGCGAAAGCGAGACGAGGGGGAGCAGGUUACUGUGGAGAAGAAGCGAAAGAAAGGCCGGCCGAGCAAAUCCCAUGAGGAGCAGCCUAAUGGAUUUGUGUCACCAGAGGCACCGCCGGCGGGGACGGCUACUAUUGCGCUACCCAUGGCGGACACCCCGGUCAUACAGAGGAACCGAGAGAUGAGGGGGAAGAAGUCAGGGAAGGGGAGCCGGCGCAGUAGUCUCAGCAUGCGGGGGCGAAGGGCCAGCUCAUUAAUUGAUUCUGGCGCAUCAAACGCAUUGCCUCACAAGAAAGUGGACACGGCGGAAUUUUAUAAACACAUUGCUGCGGACGGCUUAGUGGAGCCAAGGCGGAUGAGACAGCUUCUGAUAUGGUGCGGAACACGAGCAAUGGGGGAUAAGCCAUCGGGCUCCCGUUCAGGGGAUGAGAGCGCUCGAUUAGCAGCGCGUGUGAUCCAAGAAGAACUCCUCAAGGAAUUUGGGAGUAAUUCGGAACUCUCCAAUUGGUUUUCGCGGGAGGAUACGACACCCCCGACGGUUGUCGUGAAGAAGGCAAACCCGAAGAACGUACAAAAUCAGGAGAAGAUCCAGGAGUUGGAAGAGCAAAUACAAAAGCUGCAAAAAGAGCGGCAUGCUCUGAAUGCGUUACUACGACCUCCCUCAAUUCCGAGGGUCAAGCCCGUGCAAAAACAGAUGCCGAAUGGUCAAGCAGAGAAUCCUCCGUUAGAAACGGAGAAAACAACACACUCCGCCCCCGAAAACAUCGAUCUACCAGCAUUAGACCCCUCCCAGCAGCGCAUACUAGCGUCUAUAGACCCAGAGGCAGCAAAGCGAUACCAAGAAACACAACCCCAAUCCGAGCAAAGACCAGAAACUACAAAUCUUCCUCCAGUGACCCCCUCGAGCAUAUCCACACGCCUCUCGCGAUUAACGAGCCGGCUAGCACCAACACUCGACUCCUUCGCAGCGGGAAUUCACGACAUCGAACUCUACCGCGCCAUGUCAGACGCCGUUUCAGCACGGACAUUACAUAUCUGCGCGGAGCGACUCGAGGAGCGAGAUGCACGGAACGCACUCCGGCGACUUGCCAUUGCGGGGGAAGAAGGAGAGAGCGAAGAAAAGGACGUCGCUCUCCGACCAAGACCAAAGGAAGACCUAGGCCCAAUUCUGGGGGCUUUAAGUCGGGUGGAGAGGCGGUGA